AUGCAUACAGGAGUGACAGACGACAUUUUGCAGUUGAUUGAUCGAGCUUUCACGGACCCCAUGUUUGAGCUACAAGAAAAAGAAGAUGGGGUGGUGACAGUCAAGGAAUUGACGCCUCAAUUGGGUGAAGUAUUGCCGGUACUACAAUCAUCAUCAACAAACAGGGGAGAAACGGAACUGCCGGGUGGAAAUGGAUGGAGUGGCGAUGACGGGAGAGGGCGAUCUGGCCAGAUACAAGUUGGUUGGCAAGUGGGGAUGGGGCUCGCGGGCAGCCUGACUAAUGCUAAGGAUGAACUGGCGACUGCAGGUCAAUUAGUUAGUUAG